AUGUGUCGGUUUCGGUUGAAUGGACAGACAGGCAGUAAACCCAAGUAUUUCCUUCACCCCGCAGCAAUCCAUCAAUAUCUGCAGAAAAACGCGGCUGCAAAGCUACUGAAGAAGCCGGCAGCAUCAACUCCGUAA